GGGGUUUCACCGUGUUACCCAGGAUGGUCUCGAUCUCCUGACCUCGUGAUCCGCCCGCCUCGGCCUCCCAAAGUGCUGGGAUUACAGGCUUGAGCCACCGCGCCCGGCCUUCAUUUAUUUUCUUCAAUUCCCACCCCCUAUUUCUAUUCCCCGUCUUCCCAUGUGCAACCUUCCUAAUAUGUUUGAUAUACAUCUUUUUGUUUGUGCUUUUAAAAAAUAAAAAUAAAAAAAAUAAAAAAAAAAGAAAUAGGACAUUGGAAGAACAAAUGCCCUCAGCUUAAAAGAAAACAAGGUGACUCAGAGCAGGAGGCCCCGGACAAGGAGGAAGGGGCCCUGCUCAACCUGGCAGAAGGGUUCUUGGACUGAGGGAGAGCAGGCUCAAGUGUCCUCAAAGAGCCUAUGGUCAGAAUGACAGUCGGGGGUAGAGACGUUGAUUUUCUUGUAGAUACCGGUGCUGAACAUUCGCUAGUAACCGCACCGGUCGCCCCCUUCUCCAAAAAGACUAUUGACAUCACUGGACCCACGGGGGUUUCAGCAAAGCAAGCUUUCUGCUUGCCUGGGACUUGCACUGUAGGAGGACAUACAGUGAUUCAUCAGUUUUUGUCCAUGCCUGACUGUCCCUUGCCCUUGUUGGGGAGGGACUUGCUUAACAAGCUGAGAGCCACUAUCUCUUUGACAGAGCAUGGCUCUUUGCUGCUAAAGUUACCCGGAACGGGAGUCACUAUGACCCUUAGGGUCCCCCGAGAGGAGGAAUGGAGUCUUUUCUUCACUGAGCCGGGCCAAGAGAGAAGACCAGCUCUGGCUAAGCGGAGGCCAGGAGUCGGGGUGGAAGACAACCCUCCAGGGUUGGCAGUCAACCAAACCCCGGUACUCAUAGAAGUGAAGCCUGGGGCCCAGCCGGUUAGGCAAAAACAGGGCCUGGUCCCCAGAAAAGCUCUUCAAGGUGUCCAGGUCCAUCUCAAGCACCUAAGAACUUUUGGAAUUAGAGUUCCUUGUCAGUCUCCAAGGAACACUCCCCUCCUGCCUGCUCCCAAGCCAGGGACCAAGGACCACAGACCAGUACAGGAUUUGCGCUUGGGUAAUCAAGCUACAGUGACUUUCCAUCCAACACUCCCUAACCCGUACACAUUGCUGGGGUUGCUGCCAGCCGAGGACAGCUGGUUCACCUGCUUGGACCUGAAAGACGCUUUCUUUCGUAUCAGAUUAGCCCCCGAGAGCCAGAAGCUGUUUUGCCUUUCAGUGGGAAGAUCCAGAGUCAGGUGUCACUACUCAGUACACUUGGACCCGGCUUCCCCAAGGAUUCAAGAACUCCCACACCAUCUUCGGGGAGGCGUUGGCUCGAGACCUCCAGAAGUUUCCCACCAGAGACCUAGGCUGUGUGUUGCUCCAGUACAUUGAUGACCUUUUGCUGGGACACCCCACGGCAGUCGGGUGCAGCAAGGGAAUGGAUGCCCUACUCCGGCACCUAGAGGACUGUGGGUAUGUGUCCAAGAAAAAAGCUCAGAUCUGCCGACAGCAGGUACGUUCCUUGGGAUUUACUAUCUGACACGGGGAACGCAGCCUGGGAUCAGAAAGAAAGCAGGUCAUUUGCAAUCAACCGGAGCCUAAGAGCAGAAGGCAGGUGAGAGAAUUCUUAGGAGCUGUGGGGAUUUGUAGACUGUGGAUCCCAAACUUUGCAGUAUUAGCCAAGCCUUUGUAUGAGGUCACAAAGAGGGGGACCGGGAAACUUUUGAAUGGGGAUCCCAACAACAGCAAGCCUUUCGUGAGUUAAAGGAAAAACUGAUGUCAGCCCCAGCCCUGGGGCUACCCGAUCUGACAAAGCCUUUUCCAUUGUAUGCAUCAGAGAGAGAAAAGAUGGCAGUUGGAGUUUUCACCCAAACUGUGGGGCCCUGGUCGAGGCCAGUGGCCUACCUCUGUAAACAACUAGACGGGGUUCCUAAAGGAUGGCCCCCGUGCUUGAGGGCCUUGGCAGCAACUGCCCUGCUAGUACAAGAAGCAAAUAAGCUGACUCCUGGGCAAAACCUGCACAUAAAGGCCCCCCAUGCUGUGGUGACUUUAAUGAAUACAGGCUUUAGGAAAAAUUACACAAUCUAUCUCAGCCUGGGUAAGUAAGAGAUGCCCUGUUAGCUUAUUCUCCCCAGUUCACCCUUUCUCCCCAGGUGAUGGAGUGUGGAUUAAGGACUGGAACAUAGCCUCUUUGUGCCCAUGGUGGAAAGGACCGCAGACUGUCGUCCCGACCACUCCCACCGCUGUGAAGGUAGAGGGAAUCUCAGCCUGGAUCCACCACAGCCGUGUAAAACCUGCAGCGCCUGAAACCUGUGAGGCAAUACCAAGCCCAGACAACCCUUGCACAGUGACCCUGAAGAAGACGACAAGCCCUGCUCCAGUCACACCCGGAAGCUGACUGAUCCACGCACGGCCAAAGCAUGAGGAAGCUCAUCGUGGGAUUCAUUUUUCUUAAAUUUUGGACUUAUACAGUAAGGGCUUCAACUGACCUUACUCAAACUGGGGACUGUUCCCAGUGUAUUCAUCAGGUCACCGAGGUAGGACAGCAAAUUAAAACAAUCUUUCUGUUCUAUAGUUAUUAUGAAUGUAUGGGAACAUUAAAAGAAACUUGUUUGUAU